AUGUCAGGUCUCCAGGUGAUCGCGAUCCUUUGUUUGGCCAGUGGACUGUGGGUUGGAAAUCGUCACUGCACCACUGUGGGUGGAAAUCUGCCAUCUGUCCACACCAAGGAGGAGUAUGAAUUUCUCAGAAACACCGUUCAUCAGUUGACUGGCCAGCAUGUAAUGGCUUGGCUUGGAGGCUACGAUGCAGUAAAGGAGGGUGUGUGGCUGUGGAGUGAUGGUACCCAUUUUGACUUCAAACACUGGGCUAAAGGAGAGCCCAACAAUUACGGUGGAAACGAGAACUGCAUGCAUAUGAACCUUAAAGGUAAGGAUUUUGUCAACGAUAUCCCAUGUACUGUGAAGAUGGCUUUCUUCUGUGAGAAGCACCAUUGA